UGGGUGGGCCCUGUGGAGGCUGCAAUCUCUGUGGUGGGAGCCCUGUGGUGGUACCAGGUCAGUGUGAGGGGAGGUGUGGUGGUGGUUGCCACUGUGGCGGCAAUGUAGGGUUUGUCCCCUUUAUCACCUUGUGCCUGCUGGGAGCCUGGAGCUGCAACCGCUGGUUCUGUGGCCUGCCUGCCUCACGUUCCUGUUUGAAAUGAGUGUGCAGGGUCUCUGCUAACAGAGAUGUAGCCUGGGAUAAAGCCGGGAAGUGAAACACCAUGUACCAGAUUUGCAGCUGUUAAGCUGAAAAGAUCUAGAUGAAGACUGAAAAGCACCCUUGUCCUGGGAAUACUGUGCACCAAAUACAGGAGGGAAAAGAAUGAGUGAAGAGAAUACAGGAGUCAUCACUUCUGCACACAGACUGUUUGAAUUAAUCUUUCGCUUUAAGCCUCAAAGAAGAAUAGGCUGUACCAAUAGUUUAUCAUAAAUAUAUCCUAGUUCAGGAUUCAGGUUAAUCCAACAACCCACAAAAAUCAAACGGCAGAAUAGAAAAUUGGUUUUUGAAUUGUGACUGUCACAUUGGCUCCAGUUUAACAUGGCGACAUCAGGAUAAGUCAGUGUAUGCCCAUAUAGAAAUUCAUCAGUGUUACAAGGCAGUUUGAAUGAUGAGACUCUUGAUUCCUAAAGACUAUAUUUAAACCCAUGGAAAGCCUAGUUGGAAAGCCAUGGAUGAACUAAACUGGUGCUUUCUUAAAAACAAACUGGAAGUGAACUGUUUUGUAGUUCAGAGAAAAGCAUAACUCUGAAAAAAUACAAAAUCCCACCUGAGGAUGAAAGCAGAAUUGAAGAGGACAUUUAUAAAACCGUGUAGGCUGCUUGGUAUGAACACUUAUUUAUUAAUAAACAGAGUGUACUUGCAGCAUUUGGCUGGUUUACAGAAUCUUCAAAAGUUUUGGAAACCGAUCAAAGUUUUGAUGCGCUUCUGGAUUUCUUUCUCUGUCCCCUACAUAAUACAGGAAAUAACAAUACUUUUAAAGCUAAGUUAUUUGGAAAACUUGCUGAAAAUUGCAAGUCCUUAGCUCACUUUGCCAUCAGAAGGUAAAUUUGGCUUCGGUUACGGAGGCGCCAACGACCCUUGGCCGCGUUCGUGGGCGAGGUGGUGCUGCUGUCUGAGGUGCUGAAGCUGGAGGGCUGCGAGGGGAUCCCCCCCACGUACUAGGAUUUUGAUUGUCUCAUCAUCCUAUAUGGACAUCUGUUUCUCCAUACGAAGCAAAUCUGAUGUCAGUUGUUUCCGAGGUGAGCUCACAAGUGACCCUUGUCCAUUCUUCAUUCCAUGUGAGUUACAUCUCUUUCUUUCUGGAGUUUUAUGACUUCGGCCCAGUUGAAAAAAAUGAAGAGUUGGCAAGAACCUUCCUUUAUUAAUGACCUAUCAGGCUUCCACUGAAGUAACGCGCUUUUCCCUUAAAACUCUCCACUACCAUAAGAGGUCCUGAUGGGCCUCCCUGCUUGCCAGCUAGCAGGGCCCUGGACCGAGCAGCCUGCAAAGUCUGGAUGUCUCUCUCACCUCUUGGCAACAGCAUCUUCAAACAUAAGCUGGACGGGCAUCAACCGUCACUGUUUCAGGUGAAAGUCUUGGUUUCUGGCGGGGUGAAAGGGCAUUUUUCAUUCACUCCCCGCUUCUUGCUAUAAAAUAGAAAUUGUAAAUAAUAUUUCCCAGAACAUCACUGGAAAAAAAAAGUAUAUCUUAUCUUUAAUAAUCAGUUGCCAUGGUUUUGAUUUGUCCAGAAGGACGCAGAAAUGCUAAAAGCUGGGAAACUCAGUUGUUCUGAGUUCCAGCUAAACCGCUCUUGCUUACCACAAGUAUCAGCCCCUCAAAGCUGAUUCACCUGUGAGCUGACAGCAAGAAGUCCCUCGCUGUGUGUAACAGGAGAUGGCAUGCGCGCCAGACGAGCGGGAUCGUACAAAUGCCACCUAGGUAACACAUGCAAAUUAACUUUACUUUCAGUAUAAAUUUGCUUGGUGCAAGAAAAUAUAAAAUCUGUCGGCUGCAGCAUUCCUGCCAUGUAAAAUUAAUGAUAUUUAUUUGCUUACUUCAGCGAACAUGCAUGCUCACCAGCGCCUGCAAGGCUGCACCCGGCUACCUUUGAGAAUUGUGCGCAGCCACAGGGAUGGGAAGUUUUUUCCUGAAACACGGGAGGUCUGAGGUCAAAAUGAAUAAAAACUCUAUAUGUAAAUAUGCAAGGAUCCUGCUGCUAUUACACUUGAAAGACUGAGCUACUGUUUCCUGGGGCUUUCCUGUCUGUGUCCCCAAGGGCGUUGUAUGAUGAACAUAAUGUGCGAUCAAGAAUUUCACUGGUCUUCAGACUAACCUUUUUUACAGGUCACAGCUUAACUUGCAAUUUCCUUGAUGUAGUAGCUUUAAGAUUUUCUUUGGGCAGAUUUUCUUUGGCUGUUCUAGAUGGAUUCCUCAAUCUGCUCUGUGUCUUCUGAUGGAAAGUGCUGGAUUGAAGCUGGCUGAUGGAAAAUGCUGGGUUGAGACUCAUUCCUUCACGGACGAGAAAUGGCAAAAUCUACCUUCCCUUCGUGCCGUCACUUCUGCACCGCAUGCUUCCUGGUGCGGGGGUAAUAAGAACACCGGCCUCUAAAGGCUAAAAUGACGUCCACCCCUCGUCCAGCAUCAGAGAAUAAGAACUUCAGAGGAAGGAAUGCAACUUCAUAAAUAGCAAACCACAGACACUAAUGGGGAGCAGAGGCAAACCUGCAGGUUAAAAAUUCGUUGCAAGAGAAGCCCAUCCAUCCACACUGCCUGGAGAUUCAAAGAUGAUUUCAGCUCUAGCCUUUGUUUUUCUCCUCUGCCUCUCUUGUCCUUUUUCCUCAUGUCAGCAGAGAAGAGCAGGAGGUGAAGUUGGGCCAGAAAUGCUGGAGGAGAUGAGAGAAACUAACCGUGUGCUAAUGGAAGUUCGAGACUUGUUGAAACAGCAGAUUAAGGAGAUAACAUUCCUGAAGAACACAGUCAUGGAGUGUGAUGCCUGUGGCAUGCACACCGAGGCGACAGGCCCUGUCAUCACCAUGACACAGUUUAACAGAUGCCUCCCAAACUCCUGCUUCCCUGGAGUGGCCUGCACUGAGACUGGCACGGGCUUCCGCUGCGGACCCUGUCCCCCGGGUUAUUCAGGCAAUGGGUCACACUGCACAGAUAUCAACGAGUGCAACGCAAACCCCUGCUUCCCGAAGGUCCAGUGCAUUAACACCAGCCCUGGCUUCCGCUGUGAUCCCUGCCCUCCCGGCUUCACUGGGCAAAUGGUCGAAGGAGUUGGGCUAGCUUACGCCAGGGCCAACAAACAGGUUUGUACUGACAUCAAUGAAUGUGAGACAGGUGCCGCCAGAAAUUGUGUCCCGAACUCCAUCUGCAUCAACACCCGGGGAUCCUACAAGUGCGGGGCUUGUAAACCUGGCUUUGUUGGGGAUCAAGUGUCUGGCUGCAAGAGCCAGGCAGUGAGACGCUGCCCUAACGGUGAAAUUAGUCCAUGCCACGAGAAAGCGCAGUGCAUCGUGGAGCGCGACGGGUCCCUCUCCUGCGUGUGCCUUGUGGGGUGGGCAGGGAACGGCUAUGUCUGUGGGAAGGAUACGGACAUUGAUGGAGUCCCUGAUGAGAAGCAACGCUGCUCUGACAAAAAAUGCCGCAAGGAUAACUGCGUGACUGUCCCCAACUCUGGCCAGGAGGAUGCAGACAGGGACGGAAUCGGAGAUGCUUGUGAUGAUGAUGCCGACGGAGAUGGGAUUUUAAAUGCUGAGGACAACUGCGUGUACACGCGCAACACAGACCAGCGCAACGCAGACAAGGAUAACUUUGGUGAUGCCUGUGACAACUGUCGCCAAGUGAAGAACAACGAUCAACGGGACAUCGAUGGCGAUGGGAAGGGAGAUGAGUGCGACGAUGACAUGGAUGGCGAUGGCAUCAAAAACCCAGUGGACAACUGCAGGAGAGUUCCUAACCCUGACCAAAAGGACGGUGAUGGCGAUGGAGUAGGAGAUGUGUGUGACAGCUGCCCCACAGUCAGUAACCCCGACCAGAAAGAUACUGAUCACGAUCUGGUGGGAGAUGUCUGUGACACCAACCAGGACAGUGAUGGGGACGGCCACCAAGAUUCACGGGAUAACUGCCCAUCAGUGCCCAACAGCUCCCAGGUGGACACAGACAACGACGGGCUGGGAGAUGAAUGCGAUGACGAUGACGACAACGAUGGCAUUCCAGAUGAGAAACCUCCAGGCCCCGACAACUGUCGGCUUGUCCCUAACCCUGGCCAAGAAGACGCAGACGGUGACGGCGUGGGAAACCUUUGCGAAGAUGACUUUGACAGAGACGCGGUGAUUGACAGAAUUGAUGUGUGCCCAGAGAACGCAGAAGUGACGCUGACAGACUUCAGGGCUUUCCAGACGGUUGUGUUGGACCCUGAGGGUGAUGCCCAGAUUGACCCCAACUGGAUUGUCCUCAACCAGGGCAUGGAAAUUGUCCAGACCAUGAACAGCGAUCCCGGCCUGGCUGUAGGUUACACGGCAUUCAAUGGAGUGGACUUUGAGGGCACGUUCCAUGUCAACACUGCCACAGAUGACGAUUAUGCUGGCUUCAUAUUUGGCUACCAGGACAGUUCCAGCUUUUAUGUGGUCAUGUGGAAGCAGAUGGAGCAGACGUACUGGCAGGCAAACCCCUUCCGAGCAGUAGCAGAACCUGGAAUUCAACUGAAGGCAGUGAAGUCUAAAACGGGCCCGGGUGAGUAUCUCCGCAAUUCCCUCUGGCACACGGGAGACACCACAGACCAGGUCAAACUGCUCUGGAAAGACCCUCGCAAUUCAGGCUGGAAGGACAAGACGUCUUACCGCUGGUUCCUGCAACAUCGGCCUCAAGUCGGAUACAUCAGAGCUCGCUUCUAUGAAGGCCCUGAAGUAGUAGCCGACACCGGAGUUGUCCUUGACACAACUAUGCGAGGGGGGCGCCUGGGAGUCUUCUGCUUCUCCCAAGAGAACAUUAUUUGGUCAAACCUGCGUUAUCGCUGCAACGACACCAUUCCAGAAGACUACGAAACGUUUAGAGUUCAGCAAGACUAACCUCCGAUUUAAACGUCUGUCCAGCAAAACUUGCUUUAAAAAAAAAAAAAGCGCUCAGCUGCCCCACUCCUGCCUCCGGUACGCUGUAUAAAGAACUGUAAGUAACGUACCACCGCACUCUGCGCAGCACCAAGCGUCAACGCAUUACCUGGCAUCUUUCCUACAACGGCAACUUCCUUUAAACGCUACAAAAACCUAUUGGAACGGCAGAGGUGUCGACAGCAAGUGCCUGCGCCGCUGAAAACACUAGCUCGCCACGCUGCAUGGAAGAAGAUGGGCGGAGAAGCUACCUGCGGUAGCUGGAAUUGUGUGAGUUUAGCGUGGAUGAUUCCCAGGAAUCUUUUCCCUACUCAAAGGCUCUCACGUGUGAAUGUUGGGCUCCUUUCCAAGACCUACCGCGAAGCAAACCCAGCGCUAGGCUGAAAAGGACACAGAGAGCGGCCUAUGUACAAGUUGCUCACAAAACAUUAGAAAAAGCACUUUAAGGAGAGUGUCUUUGUUCUGGAAUGUUGGAUAAUAAAUAAUCUGGAAUGUUGAAUAAUAAAUAAUAGACGUCUCCUUGGUCA